UCUUUUGGAUUUUCUCUAUAUAAAAUCAUACCUUCAGGCUCACUCGCUGAUCUGGUGGCUGUGACUACUAGGCGUGGAGCAGGCACGGAGAUGGAAAAUCCAGUUAUCAAAAUUGGCUCCAGAAAAGAGAACCUAACAUCUAUUAACAAUGGAAAAAUUUGAGAACAUUACAAAAAAAAGCCACCAUUCCUCAAAACACCAGGACCAGAUGGCGUUACAACUUUAAAAAAUCCUUCAUGAAGAAGACAGAUCUUAAGCCACAUGAUGGAUUCAGAAGCUCAUAAAAAGAGGUCACCAAUCAUAGCAUCUUCAAAACAAGAGAUAGCAACUCAUAAUACAGAUGUUGGUGGAAUUAAACCUUAUAUGUGUGGCUGCGGUGCAGCUGUCAGCAAUGUAGCAUUCACAUAUCCCAUUCAGAAGGUGCUCUUUCGGCAACAGCUGUAUGGAAUCAAAACCAGGGAUGCAAUGCUUCAGGUGAGGAGGGAUGGAUUUCAAAACUUGUAUCGUGGAAGUCUUCCCCCAUUAAUGCUGAAGACAACGUCAUUAGCACUUAUGUUUGGUGUGUAUGAGGAUUUAACUUGCUUUCUCCGUAAGCAUAUCCGUACCCCACAAUUUGCAGCCCAUAGCAUGGCAGCAUUAUUUGCAGGGACAACAGAAGCAAUUUUCACUCCAUUGGAAAGAGUUCAGACACUGCUUCAAGACCAAAAAUAUCAUGAUAAAUUUACAAACACUUACCAGGUUUUCAAGGCACUGAAAUGUUAUGGAGUUGGAGAGUAUUAUCGAGGCUUGAUACCUAUUCUUCUCCGUAAUGGGCUCUGCAAUGUCCUUUUUUUUGGCCUUCGAGGUCCUAUUAAGGAGCGUCUUCCUACCGUAACGACCCGCAGUGGUCACAUGGUCACUGAUUUUAUCUGUGGAGGUCUGUUGGGUGCCAUGUUGGGAGUCUUAUCUUUUCCAAUUAAUGUUGUAAAAGUUCGCACGCAGUCUCAAAUUGGUGGGGAAUUUCAGUCUUUUCCCAAGGUUUUCAAAAUAAUCUGGUUGGAACGAGACAGGAAAUUGACAAAUCUUUUCAGAGGUGCCCAUCUAAAUUACCACCGGACCAUCAUCUCUUGGGGCAUAAUCAAUGCAUCUUAUGAAUUCCUGUUAAAGGUUAUAUGAAAGAAAUAAUCAACUAAGUGCCGUUUACCAAUUGACUAGACCUUCAACGAAGAAUGUGGUUUGGCCUCAUUUCUAAUUGGCCAAAUGAAUGCUGGUAUAAAUUCAGGGCACAAUGAAUUAUGGCAAAGCUGUUUCCCUUAAGCACCAACAAAUUCAGAAUAAAAGGUUUCAAUAG